AUGGGAGAUGCUCAAACUCCUGAUGUUGAAUCACCAAAACCCGGUCCAGGGGAUGAAUCCCAACCUGAGGAGGACCGGCGGCUCUUUGGAGGCUUAGAAUUUCAAGUUUCUGAAGUAGUCGGAAGAUUAGAAGCUGUAGUCAAUUCUCAGGAAUCCCAAGAAAGCAUGGAAGAGGAAGAAAAAAAGCCAGAACCGCGAAAAAUCAGCGGCAAUUACUUUGAACCAGAAGAAAUGGCAAUGGAUGAAAUUUUGAAGGUUUUGGAAGAUCUCGUACUGAAGACUGAUCCAAGUUGUGAAAAUACCGAGCCUCCACUACUUCCGACUGAUCCUGUUACGCGUGCUGCUAUAUUGUCCCACAGUAUUUCGGCUCUUUUUGGUAGACUCGAAAGAAAUCAUGCGGCAAGGCUUGGAGCUCAUAUAGCUAGUGAAACUACGCUUUGGAUGUCGCAUAUGUUUAAACUCACAGACUAUAGUGCAUACUACCAUCAAGAACAAAUGGAAGGUUUAGUAAGAGUAACAAGAAUGUUGCUACAUCACAGAUACCCACGUUACUUAGAGGAUGGGGCACUAGCAUUUGCAAGUCGUCUCCCGAGUAUAUACAGCUGUGUAGCAAGUCCAUUGGGGGUUGUCCAACAUUUGUGCAGACAGCUUGGCCUUCCACUUGCCUGUGUAAGACCAGUGCCUGUUGAUGCUACUGGCCGUGGAAUCGACAUAGAAGCACUGGACAGACUUUGUGAAGAGGAUAUUAAUGGUAACCGAACCCCACUUUUAGUAUUAGGUGAGGUGGGUGGACCUCCAUUGGGCACAGGGUCGGCACUUCGACCCCUGGCUGAAACCUGUAAGAAACGGAACCUUCACCUUCACGUGAGAGGACACGCAUUGGCUUUACCCGCUGCUUUGAAUAGAGAUCAGACCUACAAUAUAGCCGAUUCUCUCACACUUACGCCCGGCUCUUGGUUCGGCGUUCCCGGAUUACCCACUGUCACAUUUUAUCGAAUACCAGAACCUAUAACAGCUAAUGAUCAAUUGAAGGGAGUGAAUGCGGCGGGUAGUCGCGAAGGGACAUUAGCGGUUCUAUCUGGCCUUUGUAGUGGGUCUGGUCGUCUCAGCGCACUUCCAUUAUGGACCUGCGCACGCGCAGCUGGCGCUAAACGGCUAUCGAGGAGACUCGAUGCGGCUUUUAGAUCAGCGAGGGCAGCACGCGCGCUGGUUGCAAGUGCUGAUUUAAGGGUUUUGAGCGAACGACCGGGCGGCGAUGAACCACCAAAUCUUGAUAUUGUUGAUGCGCUGAGCCAAGCAUCAGCCUGUGUGGCAUUUCAGUUCGCGCCUCCUGGAGUAGAAAGACCGCCACCGUACUUCGACAAACUAAACUCCUGGCUGGGACAGGUGUUGCAAAGGGAAUCGGAUAUGAUUCACAUAGAAGUAUGCGAAACAGAAAGUUAUGGUGUGGUCCUGAGGUAUUGUCCCCUCGAAGGGUCUCUUCUAGAAGAGGAUUCAGUAGAAGCAUGGGCCUCCGUUCUAGAAGCUCAGCUGAAUGUCUUACACGCAACGGUGGCUUUGAGAGAACCGUUUCAGGAGAGAGUGGCUCAGCAUCCGGCAUUACGACUUAUCCAUGUACCGGGAUGGGCUGGUCUUGGUGGUGUCAGAUACGUUCCAGCGGGCUGGGAAGACGCACCCUCAGAAGAGAUAAACUCGUUGAAUAGAAAAUUAGUUCACACGUUGCGGGCAACAGAUGGCGCUUUUUCAUGCAGCGAAGGCGAGGAUGGUAUGUUUUGUGUUAGAUUCGGCAUGGUAACGGCAGAAACUGAUGUUGAAGAGUUGUUAGAAUUGGUGCUUUCGGCCGGUAAAGAGGUUGAGGAAAGUUCAAAGGUGCUUACAGAUAUGACUGAAGUAUUAAAAAAAGGUAUAGAAGCUGCUCAAGAGGAGUUAGAGCGGGAAGCCUCCCAAGAAGGGUUAUUACGUCGGGUUCCAGUUGUAGGAAGAGUGGUUUCGUGGUGGGCCCCCCCUCCCCCUGUUACCGGAAGACGGCUUCUCCUCACACACGGCGGCACACUGCAAUCUACUAGUGAUGUGUAUAGCUGCGUAAAGAAAGAUAAAGAUGAGGAACCUGCGCGUGCGCAUUCGCCAUCGCGCCGCGAAACUGUCGAGUAA